UGAGCAGCGGCGGCAGCAUGUCCCGGGACCGCUUCGGCAUCCUCAGCACCCGGCAGCUCAGGGAUAUGUUGGAGGAUGAGGAGAAGCUGUGCAGGAUGGUGCAGCUGAGCCCGCAGUUACAGACUCUACAGCUGGAGCGUGAGAUCAUCCUAGCCAGUAAUUGGAAGAUGGCUGAAGACAAUCUCAACUUGCAGCCUCAGCUAGACGACAAAAAGCUACAUUUGGCAAGGAAAUACCAAGAGUUGCAGGAAGUGACUGCAGUUUAUGAGGAUAAGCGGACAAAGCUAGCUGCCUACCUGGAAAGAUACAGCCCGAAGACUGCCUUGGAGAUCCUGCAGAGAGAGGCUGUCAAAACUGAAGAGGAAUCUGAGGAAAUCACUGACACAUUCUUGGCCGGUAAAGUGUCAUUGGAAAGCUUUCUGGAGAGGUUCCACAGGACAAGAAAAGUUUGCCAUAUGAGAAAGACGCAAGUGGAGAAGCUUCAGGACCUAAUAAAAAAGGACAGGAAGAAGAAUCAGCAACAUGUGGCACAUCAGCGGCUGGAGCAUCGCGUGGCUUCACAUAAUGUCCCCCCUCGUCCACAAAAUGGACCUACUGCCCACAGGCUGUACCAGCGCUCUGGUUUUGUGCCUGCCAUUGAGGUAACGUCCCAAGCUGCAAGCCCAUUCUCCAUGCCUUCACCUCCUCCUCAGAGCAAGAACCUGCCUCCUCUCAGCUCACGGGAACGUCAGCCUGUGGUUUCACGCCCCAACACUCCAUUCACACCCCAGGGCUUGCGCUCAGGCCUGCGCAUACUGGGACAGUUACCCAUCUGGACUCCAAGGCCAUUUAAGCUUCAGCAAGCACACCCAGUGCAGAAGCAACCUCCCUACCGAUAGGAAUGCCGAAUAUUACACUGGGCAGAUCAAACUGCUGGUGGCAAAGGAUGGAAUGAUACAUUGAAGGACAAAAAAACCACAUCCAAAAAAACUUACAUGGCAAACAGAGAGGAAAUGAAAUGAGUGCUUAAAUAGAAGACAUCUGUUUGAGGAUGAAAGAAAUUUUCAUAUUGGGCCCUCUAGGUUUCUCAGUGGCCAAGCAAGACAUUUCUCACAACAGAGGAUAAAGGCCUCAUGUCUACUUCAGCAGCAUGAGUACAAACAGUUGCCUCCAAAUUUCUGGAUGUAGGAACAGCACUUUUCACUUCUGCUGAAAGUUAUUGAAUAUGAACAAAAUUUGCCAUGUUUGAAU